AGAAAGACCGAAGAAUAGUAAUGGCCCGUGGUAAGGUUCAGAUGAGAAGGAUAGAAAACCCAGUGCACAGGCAGGUCACCUUCUGUAAGCGGCGGAUGGGCCUCCUCAAGAAGGCCAAGGAGCUAUCUGUUUUAUGCGAUGCUGAUAUUGGUGUCAUGGUGUUCUCUCCUCAUGGCAAGAUUUAUGAGUUGGCCACCAACGGGAACAUGCAAGGCUUAAUUGAGAGGUACAAGGGUAGCAACACAGAAGCACAAAUUGAAAGUAGCAAGCAGAAAAACCCUCAGAUAAUACAACAAGAGGUACUACUCUUGAGGCAAGAAAUUGACUUACUUCAGAAAGGCUUAAGAUACAUGUAUGGAGCAAAAGAUAUGGACCACAUGAAUCUUCAUGAGCUCCAAGUCCUGGAGAGUAAUCUUGAAAUUUGGGUACACAACAUUCGCUCUACAAAGAUGGAGAUCAUAUCUAGGGAGAUUGAGAUUCUCAAGAACAAGGAAGGCAUACUGAAGGCUACCAACGAUUUACUUCAAGAAAGGGUAAUUGAGCAGAGUGGGAUUCUGGACACGGGCAGCAACAUGAUGAUAUCACACUUCCCCUUCCAGCGAACCAUGGAGAGUGGCCACUACUUCUAGCCGAAACAACCGACCUCUCAAGUUAUCACGUCAGUUAUGAUUCGAGUUCAACAAGGCCACCAUGCAUGGAACUCAUAACGUCGCAUCUGCCAACUUUGUGUUGUACAAAGGAAACAAAACAGCAUCUGUAUGACUGUAUC